CUGCUACGAAGUUCUGGCAACACUGGUCAUUGGCCCUCUGGCAUAUAAACCACAGAUCCUCAUCUCAGCCAGCAGUUGGUCUCUGGACUCCGUGUCUUGUACAAACAGUGAUUCGACGGAUCUAUUCUAACUCUGCCUUCGCAAAGGAAAUUCAGAAUGAAGUUUGCCACGUUCCUAGCCACCGUGGUGGCUUUGGCUGGUGUCACGAAUGGAUGCUUCUGGUGGGAACCGAAUAACAACUGCGAUGAAAAUGGAGGCGCAGCUGCUGCUGCAGCAAACCCAAGCGGUGGAAAUGCCCCUGUUGCAAAUACGACCGAAACAGCUCGUUCUAAUCCGAAUCCCAACGAUCGCAUCAGCAACGUUGGAGGUGCUGCAAACGUCCCAGUACCGCUUAACGACGUUCCAGCACCGCUUAACGCCAGCCCAGCCGUCGGAGAUCCUGAAAGUUACUCACCCUGUAACAACAACCUAGGCCGAUGCGUUCCAUAUUACCUUUGCCGAGAAGGAAAUAUCAUUACUGAUGGUGCCGGCCUUAUUGACAUUAGGAUUGGACCCAACCGUUCUGGGGCCAGUGGUGAUACAGUCUCCAGUUCCGAAUGCCCACAGUUUUUGGAUGUUUGCUGCAACAGCCCAGAAACAGAACCUAUUCCAAUUCCCAAUCCUCCCAUCCAGCAAAAAUGUGGAUUACGAAAUGAAGAAGGUGUCCACACACGAAUCUUAGGAUUCAAGGACAAUCAGGCCCAGUUUGGUGAAUUUCCCUGGAUGGCAGCCAUCUUGAGGAAAGAAUUCAUCGAAGAUAAGGAAAUCAGCCUCUAUGUAUGUGGAGGAUCUCUCAUUCAUCCUCAGGUUGUCCUAACAGCUGCCCACUGCGUUCAUUCAAAGGACGCCAAGUCUCUCAAGGUACGUCUGGGAGAGUGGGACACCCAGAGAACAUACGAACUGUACCCUCACAUCGACCGUAACGUCGUAGAUGUAGUCACCCACCCAGGUUUCAACGCAGGUGCCCUCUGGAACGAUUUUGCACUGCUGUUUUUGGAAACUCCAGCUGACCUUGCCCCUAAUGUAGGAACUGUAUGUCUUCCAGUUCAAGGCCAGAAAUUUGAUCUCAACACUUGCUGGGCUACUGGCUGGGGAAGGGACGAGUUUGGUAAAGGAGGUAACUAUCAGAAUGUACUCAAGGAAGUAGCACUGCCCAUCGUUCCUAGGGCCCAAUGUGAAACUGCUCUCAGGACCACCAGGCUGGGAGUGUUCUUCAAGCUUGACCAGUCCUUUAUGUGUGCUGGAGGUAAACCAGGUCUGGAUACAUGCAAGGGUGAUGGAGGCUCUCCACUGGUCUGUGAGGUAGCACCAAAUACUCAUACUUAUGUGCAGGCGGGUAUCGUUGCAUGGGGCAUUGGCUGUGGAGAAAAUGGUAUACCUGGAGUCUACGCCGAUGUUGCAGGCGCCUCAGACUGGAUUAUUCAAAAGGCUGACGAAGGCUUACUGAGGUUGUAUGGCGUCCGAACCACCGAAAACUACUGGCGAAAUUACAAGAACUAACUCUAGAUGAGUUAUCUAUUUAUAUUGUUAGACACCUAUAUUCAUCUUUUCUUCAACCCACAGCAAACUUUAUAUGUUGAAGUUUUCAGACAUAUAGGGCGUAUAGGGCGAAACAUGUUAUAUGCAUUGAUACACUUCCUUCCAUUAGUUAACUAUAUUAGUAUGGAUUUGUGAUUUUUUCUAUGUGAUAUUUAAUUACCUAUUUAUAUUAUUAAUAAAUUUAUACAUUCUA